AUGGAUCUAGAACCAACGCUCCACCCACAUCCGCUCCCAGACUCACACCACCGCAAAAUCGAACUGCAAUCCGCCCAAGAUCUCACGUAUCUGCAAUCCAACCUGAUCGCCUCGGCGCGCCAGAGACUCGAUCUACAUUUCCCUCCUUCGGCGGCACAACGACAGCCGAAGAAAGCGCAGCCCGCGACGGUAAUAUCGCUCGACGGGGUGAAACCCACCACAACUCAAGACUCACAACCUACACAACAAUCAGUAACCGCGACCGGCGAUGCGGGCGAGGGCGAGAGCGAGGAACACGAGGAUCCCAUGCGCGCCGCCGUCCGCGCGUACGUCGACGCCUUCAUCUCGCGCAUCUACUCCUCGGCCUCUCACUCCAUGACGGUCAACGGCCUGGACGUGACGUCUCUCCCGCCCACGAUCUUGACCACCCAACACCCCGCCCCGGUCUCAGCCGACGACGCGCCGGGCUCGAGCGGGGCCUCAAAGGAAGAAAGAGAAGGCGUGGAUUUCAUUUACGAGGCGCAUGAUACGCGCCUCCAGGAGAAGGUCGCGAAUAUGUAUGCCGAGUUGGAAAGUCUGACGGUGCAGGUUGGACAGUUGAGACGGAGGGCACCAAAACACGGGGCCGAGGCAUUCGGACGACUGUGCAACGAGAUAAUCGGAGGAGAAGAUGAGCAUUUUGAGAGGGCAGUCGCCGCGUCAAAGCAGGAAGCGGCGGCGGCGGAAAGUGACGGGGUAGGCGUGUUGAAGCUGAAUCCACUGCCGGAUGGGUGGUUCGAAGAUCGCAGGGCCAUGUACGAGCGUGGCACGAAUGGACUUGCGGCUCUUGCUGGGUUGGCAGGGCGGCGUGUGGACGGGUCCGCCUCCGCCUCCAUCUCCGCCGGCAAUGGGCCGAGUCUGACGGAGACGGUGGGUAGAGUCCAGCGGGCAAGGACUGUGGCUAUGGAGUUCGAGUGA